GAGCUAGCCGGCUAGAUGCUAGCUAAGAGCGACGCCAUUAGUUGGGGGAAAGAACGCUUUCGCAUCAGGUUGAAACAGGAACUGGCUCGUUGUUUAGACCCAUUUCCUCUCUGCUGUGAACAGAUAUUGAUAAGAAUCAGGGUCAUAUGAGCUGUCGAAGUUUUCUUCUCAUGAUUUUAGCAUUUUUUUAAAAGUCGGAAGCCGAUGUAAGCUUCACAGGACUUCAGUUCCGACGCGUUUAGCAUUAGCCACGCUAGCUUGGAAACGCCUGUUUUGAUAAAUUUGAGUAUUUCUGGAACAAAGUGCAGCCAUGGCAACAGCGGGGUCGACCGGCAACAGCAGUAGAACCUACUCGUUCAAGGUGGUGUUACUGGGGGAAGGCUGUGUGGGAAAGACGUCGCUGGUGCUGCGAUACUGCGAAAACAAAUUCAACGACAAACACAUCACAACUCUGCAGGCAUCCUUCCUCACAAAGAAGCUCAACAUCACAGGAAAGAGAGUUAACCUGGCCAUAUGGGACACAGCAGGUCAGGAGCGAUUUCAUGCGUUAGGUCCCAUCUACUACAGAGACUCCAAUGGAGCCAUCCUAGUGUACGACAUUACAGACGAAGACUCCUUCCAGAAGGUGAAGAACUGGGUGAAAGAGUUGAGGAAAAUGUUGGGAAACGAGAUUUGUUUAUGUAUAGUAGGUAAUAAAAUUGAUUUGGAUAAAGACAGACAUGUUUCAGUGGAAGAGGCCGAGAGUUAUGCAGAGUCGGUGGGAGCCAGACACUACCACACAUCAGCCAAGUUAAAUAAAGGCAUCGAGGAGCUCUUCCUGGAUCUGUGUAAAAGGAUGAUGGAGACGGCUCAGGCGGAGGAGAGGGCGAAGGGCAAUGGAGCCAGCCAAUCAGCAUCGAGUAGACGAGGCGUACAGAUCGUCGACGACGAGCCACAAGCUACACCCGCCGGAGGAUGCUGCUCUUCUGGCUAACACACACACAACCACACGCACAUGCUUGUCCUACAUGCUUGCAGACAUAAUAUCCACACACACACAUUUAUCAGUAUCUGUCGUCUGAUUGGUCCGCUCGAAAAUAACUUGCUGUUCAUUCAGCUCCGCCUCUGCUGCUAAGGAGCAUGGGAAAUCAUAUUUAAGUUUGUUUCAUCUGUGUUCCCUCCAGAAUAAAUGUAACUGAAGUCCCUCUGAUUAAACCGAGUGUGUUUUCAGUGAUUAAAUCACAGUUUUAGCACUUUGUUUACCAUAAACGUCCUCGCUAGAGCCUGUAACCCAAGAGUCAUCCAUCUCCAGCUGAUCUGUUUCCUACUAAACAUUAAUAAAAGCGCAGGACUGGUGUUGGAGAUGCAGAAAGGUGGCUUACAGUUCUGCAGAGAUUUUUUUUGGGGGGUGGGGGGGAACAAGCAUCCAGGUGUACAAGCAGUCUGUGUGGAGCUCCGUUAAUCAGAGAGGAGGAGCAGAUAGUGGUGCAACAGCUCCACCUGCUGGACAACAGUAAAACUGCACAGUUGUGUGUAUGUUUUUAUUUUUUGAUCGAGGCAACAGCUGGACAAGGAGGAGUCUCAGAUCAGGUAAUUCAUGUGUGCAGGGAGCCAGCAGAUAGGCAGGUGGAAGGACUCUACCGAGCAUGCUCUGUGGCUGCAGGAGCCUAAAGGUGCCCCCCUCCCCCUCCGAGACUUAGAGCCUAAUGGACGCCAUCUUCAGAUGAAGCGACAGGUUUCCUCCGUAGUGAGUAUCGUAUCCAUACAGACGUAUAAAAACUCCAAACUAGUUUUUUUUUUUGUUGUUGUUGUUUUUGUCAGUAAAUCCACCAGAAAGAUCCAGAAGAACCAACAGAGCAGCGCUUGUUGUGAAAUUCUCAUAAGUUCAGACAAAUAAAUGUUGGAUAAUUUAAUAGAAAAUGAUGAGCGACAGCUGGAAGAAGAACAGGAGGAAACAGACUGCUCAGUCAGAAAUGACCAGUUUUAAAAAAAGAAAUUGUUGGAUAAAAGUUUGAGUUUUUUAAGACUUCAGACAACUUUGUUAAUCCCUUUGGAAGGUUCCCUACUUUGCUGUAAAUUUGAAAAACAAAAAUUCACUAAAGUUUUAAUUAUUCCUGUGAAGACUGAACAGCCCAAAUAAUUUAUCUAAAAAUAUGUAAAUAAAAUUUUAAAACAAGAAACAAGUCAUUAAAGAACAGAAAGCAAGUUUAUUUCCAUUUAAACCCAAAUAAUGGACACAUUUCUGUUUAUAAGUAAUUCAUUGCUUUACUGAUUCCGGUUUAGUUCUGUAAAACUUUUUUUUUAUUUAUUGAACCUAACUUAAGUUUGAUUUUUAGAAAAAUAUUUUACUUCAAGUUUGCCAAAAAAUAAAAAUAUUUCAUACAAACCUUUUUUCAUUUUGAUUAAAGUCAGUAAUGCAACUUUCAUAUUCAGUUUAAUCAGCCAAAUUAUCUAAAAAGUGUCAUAAAAUCCUUUUAAAAAGCCUUGAAAUGACUAAUAAUGUCAAACCAAAGUAUAUUUAAUAUUUAGUAAUAAAAACAAGAACAAUAGCAAAUCUUUAGAUUAGAGGAGACACAAUCGGAAUAAUCAACAUUUGUGCUGAAACGAAUAUUUUGUAGAUUUUUUGUCUUUAUAACUAAUUGUAGGAGCUGGUUGCACCGCUCUGCUCCUCUUCCUCUUCAUCAUUUAACAGUUUUACUGGCACAUUCAGAGAAAUGAUGCUGUGCAUGUUUGAUUUCUGUAAACAGCUUUGUUUGUUUGUCUUUCAAAAGAAAUAAAGAAAAGAAAUCUGA